AUGUCCACCAUUUCGUCACCCCGUUUAUCCACCACAUCCUCACGCGCCCCGUCGAUAUCAUCUCGCCAGCCUUCUCUAGAUAACAACGUGAAUCCCAAUCUCAGCGCCAGCGGACUCGGAAUCAAUAAUAACGUGGGUCCAUCCAUAGCCCGCGCAGUAUCUCCAGCUCAACGUCGGAAUCGCGCCGCUCUCAGAGAUUACUAUAACAUUAAGUCGACUACGGGAGAUGAAGCAACGAGCUCUGCCUCUCCUACGGGUGCUCCUCAUACGACUGGCGCGAAUGAGCUUUCGGGAUCACCUUCGAUUACAGUUACCUCCGAACUUGACAGCCCUAAAUUUGAUGCACAGCAAUAUAUUGACCAGCUACUAGCUACUUCCUCUCUGUCGACGGUCUUGAAGGCAGAGAAUACAUUGGUGGGCGAUAUACGUACGCUGGAUGGCGAGCGGAAGGCUCUGGUUUAUGACAAUUACUCCAAAUUGAUUCGCGCUGUAGAGACUAUUGGAACAAUGCGACGGAGCAUGGAGGAACGAGGAGCACCGUUGACGAUGACGAAAACGCUUGGUCCCGCUGUAGCAUUUGUCGCUGAGACUGCUAGCGGCUUGAUCAAGGAGGGUGAGGAACUUCGUCGCAGAGUUCAGGAUGCAAAGAGCAAAGCGACGGGAAAUAAAACUGCUGAACAAGAGACUGUGGAAUGGGCAUUGGGAACACCCGAUCGGCUCAGGCAGUAUCUGCGCGAUGGGGAGACAGAGAAGGCGCAAGGGGACUGGGCAGAGAUUGACAAGCUUUUGCAAUCUUGGAGGGGAGUCAAGGGAGUUGAAGAAUUGAGGGCAGCUUGUGAAGAGAUCAUGAAAGAGAAAGAGAAAGAGUCCGAAUGA